UCUCUGCGUGACGUUCACAGCUGCACCAAUCGCAUGGCACCGUGGAAGAAGGGGGCGGAGGUCUGUAGCCACAUACCGGACUCCUAGCUUUGGCAACCGAAGGAUAAACAUGUGUGGAAUCUUUGCCUAUCUCAACUACCACGUGCCAAGGACUCGCCGUGAGAUCCUUGAGAUCCUCAUCAAAGGUCUGCAGCGUCUGGAGUACCGAGGCUAUGACUCAGCUGGUGUGGGAAUUGAUGGUGGUAAUGGCAAGGACUGGGAGUCAAAUGCCAAGAGUAUCCAGCUCAUCAAGCAACGUGGGAAAGUAAAUGCUCUCGAUGAGGAGAUCCACAAACAGCAGAACAUUGACCUAGAUGUGGAGUUUGAUGUUCACCUUGGCAUUGCUCACACCCGCUGGGCCACACACGGUGUCCCAAGCCCCGUUAACAGCCACCCACAUCGCUCUGACAAGAACAAUGAGUUCAUUGUUAUUCACAAUGGAAUCAUUACCAACUAAGACUUGAGGAAAUUCCUGGAGAGCAAAGGCUAUGAGUUUGAGUCAGAGACUGAUACAGAAUCCAUCGCCAAGCUGGUGAAAUACAUGUAUGACAACCGAGAGAAUGAUGACAUCAGAUUUGCCACACUAGUGGAAAGGGUGACGCAGCAGCUGGAAGGAGCUUUUGCCCUGGUCUUCAAAAGUGUUCAUUACCCCGGGGAGGCUGUUGGCACAAGGAGAGGAAGUCCCCUGCUGAUGGGAGUGCGGAGUGACCACAAGCUGUCUACAGAUCACAUUCCUGUGGUGUACCAGUCUUCAGCAAAAGACAAGAAAAGCUGCAGUUCCCUACCCAGGACAGACCAAGACACCUGCCUGUUCCCCGUAGAUGAGAAAGCAGUGGAGUACUAUUUUGCAUCUGAUGCAAGUGCAGUGAUCGAGCACACCAACCGGGUGAUAUUCCUGGAGGACGAUGAUGUUGCUGCUGUGUCGGAUGGCCGCCUGUCCAUCCACAGGAUAAAGCGCAGCGCUGGGGACUAUCCAGCACGUGCCAUCCAAACUCUGCAGAUGGAGCUCCAGCAGAUCAUGAAAGGAAACUACAGCUCCUUCAUGCAGAAGGAGAUCUUUGAACAACCAGAAUCUGUGGUCAACACGAUGAGAGGAAGGGUCAACUUUGACGACAACACAGUGACUCUUGGUGGACUAAAGGACCACAUUAAAGAGAUCCAGAGGUGUCGAAGACUUAUUCUUAUUGCUUGCGGCACCAGUUACCAUGCUGGAGUAGCGACCCGCCAGGUUCUCGAGGAGCUAACCGAGCUGCCUGUCAUGGUGGAGCUAUCCAGUGACUUCCUGGACAGGAACACGCCCGUCUUCAGAGAUGAUGUCUGCUUCUUUAUCAGCCAGUCAGGGGAGACAGCUGACAGCCUCAUGGCCUUGCGCUACUGUAAGGAGAGAGGAGCUCUGACUGUUGGCAUCACCAACACCGUGGGCAGCUCUAUAUCCAGGGAGACGGACUGUGGAGUCCACAUCAAUGCUGGGCCUGAAAUUGGAGUAGCCAGCACCAAGGCCUACACCAGCCAAUUUGUGGCUCUGAUCAUGUUUGCUCUGUUGAUGUGCGACGACAGGAUUUCCAUGCAGCCCAGACGCCGUGAGAUAAUCCAGGGCCUGAGAGUGCUCCCAGAUCUGAUAAAAGAGGUUCUUAGUUUGGAUGAUGAGAUCCAGAAGUUGGCAACAGAGCUGUACCAACAGAAGAGUGUGCUGAUCAUGGGCAGAGGCUACCAUUACGCCACCUGCUUGGAGGGAGCACUGAAAAUUAAGGAGAUCACCUACAUGCAUUCAGAGGGCAUCCUGGCCGGGGAACUGAAACAUGGUCCACUGGCUCUGGUGGAUAAACUCAUGCCAGUUAUUAUGAUCAUCAUGAGAGAUCACACCUACACCAAAUGUCAGAACGCCUUGCAGCAAGUUGCUGCCCGCCAGGGCCGCCCCAUCGUAAUCUGCAACAAAGAAGAUUACGAGACGAUAAACAACGCCAGCCGCACCAUCAAAGUGCCUCACUGCGUGGACUGUCUGCAGGGCAUCCUGAGCGUCAUCCCGCUGCAGCUGCUCUCCUUCCACCUCGCCGUGCUGCGAGGUUACGACGUGGACUGUCCGAGAAACUUGGCCAAGUCUGUGACGGUGGAGUGAAUCGAUCCAUUCACCAUCUUACAGAUGCCUCAGAAACACCUGCACAGACGGGGGGGGGGGGGGGGGGGGGGUUGUCUGGAUGCAGAUACCAAGUCUCUUUUGUGUCUUUAACGUCAUGACUCUUUAUAAUGCAGUCUUUUACUCAACAGUUAUGUACCUCUGUGUUGCAUAAUAUCCUUGUAGGGCAGACGGUAGCCGUGAUGGUCAGAAGGGUUUGUCAGGUGGCAGGGCGUGGGCUGACACACACUGGCUUUUACAGCUCUCUCUCUUACAUGAACCCAUAUCAGCUGACAGAAGUGUUUGCUACGGAGCUAAAACUACUAAUGGUUGUUUAUGUUCACGCUCCAUACCUGAGAACAUCGUCAUAUGUUUACUUCUCCUCACAGAGAAUGCCUCUGAGCUGCUGGUGACUGACAGUUUGGUGUUUAAGACCUUUUUUCUAUAGUGCAAUAAUCUGUAGCUUAGAUGGGAUUUACUUUCUUUGGCAGCUAAUCAUGUGAAGUGUCUUUAGGUUUUAAGUAACUGGCGAUCUUAAAUCAUUCCAAGCUGUAGACCGUCUAUUCAAAAUGAUUUCAGUCUGUAAAAUCUGCUUCUGUUCUUCUGGACUUGUUUCUGAGCACAGCAUCAUCAAACACUGACAUAAGUGAUUAUUAGGGUAUGAAAUGUGCUGCAUUUAUGUCGAUCACAGUGAAGAGCUUCUGUAAGGGUACACAAGAACAAAAACGGGCCUUGUUUGCUUGUUUUAAGAUACUGUUGAUUGUACUGAAUAUCUGUUGGCUUUUAUUCAUCUUAGUUUUCGCUAAGUCCACAUGUUCACAGGUUUUUUUUUAGAAAUUGGGUUUUGUUUAGCCUUAAUUAAAAAACAAAACAAUCCCAUUUACAACACGUUUUAAAAAUCUCCAUCCAUAUGAAAUUGCAAAACAUGUCGACUGCUGGCAAGAGCAUAAACAGGUAGUGAUAUAACCUUAACUGUGCAGCCAUGUUGCCUAGCAGAAGCCUGGCGCAAAAAAAGGCAAAAACACCAUUGUUCUUGUUUACAUGUAAACACUGAAAGAGUUUCUGAAAAUCUUCACCCUGGAAGGAGUUUAACAAAAGCUCUUUUCAGUGACCUAAAACUCAGUUUGUGUGUGCAUGGUAUGCCAAAACACACAGGAGAAGAAUGUUACAUUUUCCAACAUACCUGUGCACACGUGGACAGGACCUAAGUGACUCGUGUUUUAACCUCUCUUUCCUUUGUGUUAGAGAGAGAGCGCUGAAUCUGAAGAACGGUAAACUGAAGUCAUUUAAUUGAAGUUUCUGAGCAGAGUUGCACACAGUUGCCAGCUCACGCAGUGCCGCUGCCACCACCGCUGCCGUCACAGCACUGGGACCAUUUGUAGCCGUUUGGGUUUUUUGUUUUUUUGUUUUUUGCCUAUUUGUUUGUCUUCUUUAGAAAGCAGUUUUAUAUUAUUGAAGUCAACCUUGACUUUUAAAUGUGAAUAUUAUCUGAAGUGUCCCGCCGAGUCAUAACUCUACACAUGGUUUUUGGCAUUUGUAAACCAAAAUGCACAUAUAUGUUUAUCCUGUAGGGGUUGUUGUUCUGUCACUUAGCUGCAUAUAAUAACCGGCUGAACUGGAAAAUUAUAAAUGUAAAAGCUUACAUCAUUUUUCCUCGGUUGUUUUUAGUUUGCAUCUAAAACACUUGAUGCUGACUGAAUUAAUGGACUUAGUUGUUGCGUGAGAAUGGCGGACUAAACACACAGCUGCAGUUUAUCCCGAACCUGAGCCAGGUUAAACCACAUUUAAGUGACAGAACAAUAUUUUGUAGCCGGAUAUGUACUGAUUCCGUUAUGCAGCGUGCAUGUUGACGUCUGAUUUGAAAGUUUUGAGGUUGUCUACAUCCCCGAUACUGAGAAACAUUGAACUUGCUUUUGUGCUCAAGCCUUAAUCGCAGUUUUGUUUUUCCCUUCUGUCAUUGUGCUUUUGAGUCGGUGAACUGGACAGUGUUGUGACAGGUACUUCUGAAACCCACAAACAGAACUGUAGUAGAUUUCUUUCCUGGAAACUUUGACAACGUCACUGCAAUAAAUUAGAGCAACAUCUGUUGGAAACUUGUUACAAAGGCACUAUUUAUUAGCAGAACUGAUGCAAUAAAGUGUCAAGUAAUUUCUCUUAA